AUGAAUCCCCUCACUCGCACCACAGUUGAGCGGCUCGAUAAGCCCAGCUCUUACUUCAACGGCCGGAACCGAAGAAGAAAGUUCGAGCGUGAGGGAGUUGAAGACCGCGAGAAAAGUCCAGAGGAGCAAGAUGAUCCUCUGAAAGAUGCGACAACCCUCUACGUGGGCAACCUCUCUUUCUACACGACCGAGGAGCAAAUUCAUGAGCUUUUCUCAAAAUGCGGCGAGAUCAAGCGCUUGGUUAUGGGCUUGGACAGAUUCACAAAAACUCCCUGCGGGUUUUGCUUCGUCGAAUACUAUACGCAUGAGGAUGCGCUAGAUUGCAUGAAAUAUGUUGGAGGUACAAAGCUCGAUGAGCGGAUUAUCCGAACCGACCUGGACCCUGGCUUUCAGGAGGGUAGACAAUAUGGACGAGGAAAAUCUGGCGGUCAGGUCCGUGACGAAUAUCGAGACGAAUAUGAUCCUGGGCGAGGAGGCUUUGGACGCUCUUACCAGGAGCGUCUUCGGGACGAGGAGGAGGAGCAGUAUGGAAAGGACCGUUGAUCCUGGAAAGGGCAAGACAUAAUGCUCCCAUGAUGGCGUUUUGGGUGGGAUGGACCAUUUCAUGCCCCAUGAAUAGCGGGCUUCUUAACAUAUGUAUUGGUGUCUUGUAUCUUAUAUACCACAUAAAAAAGUUCUAUAACCACGUCUAUCUGCCGACAU